AGGCGGCGGAGUAUCUAAAGGAGCUGAAUAAAAUCAUCGAGACCCAGCAGGGGCUGUUGGAGAAGCAGAGGGUCCGGAUUGAAGAGCUGGAGCUCCAGGUGACGGAUCUUUGCAAGGAAAACGUCUGUCUGAAAGAUCAGCACCAGCGGCACCUGGCCACCUGCAGACUCCAGCAGGGCAACCACUCCACCCUGGUAGCCAUCAAGGAGAAUGUCAUGCAGGAAAAAUCUGAAAGCGAAAGUUCGAGAAGUGUCAGACCAGACACAGAGGUUCCCAGCUCCGCCAUGACUCACAGACGCCACCAUCACUAUGUGGAAGGUGAUGCUCCAGGCAGCGAGGUGGGCGCCUCUGUGGACCCCAGCAGCGGCUACAGUUGCAUCCCAGUGACUCACAGCGGUGGGCUCGGCCCCGGCCUAGACAGCCAGCUCUACGGACACAUCUUGCUGCCCGGUCACCUACGGCCCCGCCGACCCAAGCUCCAGCACUCCCAGUCCAUCCUCCGCAAGCAGGCCGAGGAGGAGGCCAUCAAGCGCUCCCGCUCGCUGUCAGAGAGCUAUGAGCUCUCAUCAGACCUACAGGACAAGCAGGUGGAGAUGCUAGAGCGUAAAUAUGGUGGCCGUUUCAUAACCCGGCAUGCAGCCCGCACCAUCCAGACAGCCUUCCGCCAGUACCAGAUGAACAAGAACUUUGAGCGUCUUAGAAGUUCUAUGUCUGAGAACCGUAUGUCCAGACGGAUCGUCCUAUCCAAUAUGAGAAUGCAGUUUUCCUUUGAAGGACCUGAAAAAGUCCACAGCUCCUACUUUGAGGGAAAGCAGGUCUCGCUAACAGAUGAUGGAACCAAAAUUGGUGCAAUGGGGCAGUCAGAGCAUGGUGGGGAGAUGGAUGUACAGGCCAAGACUCCCACGACGCAGAGCGACUUCACAGAUGCUAUCACAGAACUGGAAGAUGCCUUCUCCAGACAGGUUAAGUCUCUAGCUGAGUCCAUAGAUGAUGCUCUAAACUGUCGCAGUCUGCAUGGUGACGACAACCAAUCAGAGCCAGGGAGAGGCCACCAUGAUAUAGACAGGGAGGUCAGAUGCCAGGUGAAACCCUCUCAUGGUGCUUCAGACCACCGCAAACUGGAUGAGAUGACGGCAUCUUACAGCGAUGUCACCCUUUACAUUGAUGAAGAAGAACUGUCACCACCGCUGCCCCUGUCUCAAUCUGUGGACAGACCCUCCAGCACAGAAUCGGACUUGCGCCAGCGUUCCCUCAAUUCUUCACAGGACUACUGGUCACUGGCUCAUAAGGAUGAGAAAGGGGACACAGACACCAGCUGCCGCAGUACACCAUCUCUGGAGUGCCAAGACCAGCGCUUGCGGGUAGACCACCUACCCUUACUGACCAUUGAGCCUCCGAGCGACAGCUCGGUGGAGCUGAGUGAUCGUUCCGACCGCAGCUCUUUAAAGAGACAGAACGCCUACGACCGGAGCCUCAGCAAUCAGCAGAGCAGCCCCAAACACAUCAGCCACAGCCGGCCACCCCGAGGACCUUCCAGAGAAGAGGACGCCACCCGCCAUCGGCCACGACAAUUGGAGGCCCACCUGGCCAUUAAUGGCACCGCAAACCGGCAGAGCAAGUCAGAGUCCGAUUUCUCAGACGGCGACAAUGACAGCAUCAACAGCACAUCCAACUCCAAUGACACCAUCAACUGCAGCUCUGAGUCCUCGUCCAGGGACAGCCUUAGGGAGCAGACACUCAGCAAGCAGACGUACCACAAAGAGACUCGCAACAGCUGGGACUCACCGGCAUUCAGUAAUGACAUCAUUCGCAAAAGGCACUACCGCAUUGGCCUAAACCUCUUCAACAAGAAACCAGAAAAAGGCAUCCAGUAUCUGAUAGAGCGAAACUUUGUUCCAGACACUCCAGUGGGUGUGGCCCACUUCCUGCUCCAAAGGAAAGGCUUGAGUAGGCAGAUGAUUGGCGAGUUCCUGGGUAACAGACAGAAACAGUUCAACCGAGAUGUCCUCGACUGUGUGGUGGAUGAAAUGGACUUCUCAAGUAUGGAGCUGGACGAAGCGCUCAGGAAAUUUCAGGCGCACAUCAGAGUGCAGGGAGAAGCACAAAAGGUUGAGCGGCUGAUAGAGGCCUACAGCCAACGUUAUUGCAUCUGCAACCCUGGUGUGGUGCGACAGUUCAGGAACCCCGACACCAUCUUCAUCCUGGCCUUUGCCAUCAUCCUCCUCAACACGGACAUGUACAGCCCCAACGUCAAGCCAGAAAGGAAGAUGAAGCUGGAGGACUUUGUUAAGAACCUUCGAGGGGUGGAUGAUGGGGAAGACAUCCCCCGAGAAAUGCUGGUAGGGAUAUAUGAGCGGAUUCGCAAGCGAGAGCUCAAGACUAAUGAAGACCAUGUGUCCCAGGUUCAGAAAGUGGAAAAGCUCAUUGUUGGAAAAAAGCCGAUUGGCUCGUUACACCACGGUCUGGGUUGUGUACUAUCCUUACCACACCGGAGACUGGUCUGUUACUGCAGACUUUUUGAAGUGCCCGACCCCAACAAACCCCAAAAGUUGGGCCUGCACCAAAGGGAGAUCUUCCUCUUCAAUGACCUGCUGGUGGUCACAAAAAUUUUCCAAAAGAAGAAGAACUCUGUGACGUACAGCUUUCGGCAGUCCUUCUCACUUUAUGGCAUGCAAGUGCUGCUCUUUGAGAAUCAGUAUUAUCCCAAUGGAGUUCGUCUGACCUCAGCCGUUCCUGGAGCUGACAUCAAGGUCCUCAUCAACUUCAAUGCCCCAAAUCCUCAGGACCGCAAAAAGUUUACUGACGAUUUGCGAGAAUCUAUUUCUGAAGUUCAAGAGAUGGAGAAGUACCGGAUAGAAUCUGAGCUAGAGAAACAGAAGGGGGUGGUGAGGCCCAGCAUGUCCCAGACUUCAGGGAUGAAGAAGGACACGGGCAACGGCAAUUUGAGCCGAGGGAGUCUCGAUGACAGCUUCGCCAUUGGUGAAGGUUUGAAGAGGAGCGCCCUCAGCAGCUCCCUACGUGACCUCUCAGAUGCAGGCAAGCGUGGGAGACGCAGCAGUGCAGGAUCACUAGACAGCAAUAUGGAAGGGUCCAUCAUUAGCAGUCCUCACAUGCGGCACAGAGCCCCCUCCAGCCGAGACUGCCCUUCCCACCACAGCGGACAGUCCCUGCCCAACUCCUCUUCACUGCUUGGAACUUUGUUUGGCACCAGGCGGAUAAAGUCCCCCAGCCCCACCCCGCAGGCCCUGCACCCAACCCUCAUCUCCCACACCCCUCACCCUGCCAACCUGCACCACACGGCCCGCGCAGAGACAGACACGUCGGCCUCCAUGCAACCUCACCACGCCCAGUUCUGCCACGUGACCCAGAACCCCCCGCCUUACCACCACCACCACCACUACCACCCACCGGCCCACUUGCAGCACCCUCCGCACCAGUACCACCAGGCCCCUGCUCACGGCCAGCAAUCGGCAUACCCACCUCACCCUCACACACAGCACGGCCACUCGGCACACUCCUCCCACCCGGCUCACGGCACCCACCACCACGGCCCACCACCAGCACCCUCCCAGGCCCCCAGUAGCACCAAGCCCAAGCACAGCGGCAUCAGUACGGUAGUCUGAGAUUCACGGGGGCUCUCCGACUGAACUUUGAUUUUAAUCCGAGGCUCUCAGCUGAUGAGACGGUGGCACUGUGCGUUGUUGGUCUGGGGACGUGAAGCCAGACGAGAUCCUGUGCCUCCUUUGCAUUUUUUGUUGCGUUCAUCACAGGGACAGUUUAUUCUAUAUAAACACAUUUCCUUUCCGGUUGCUCCUUUCAUUUUAUUUUAGGUCAUAAGUCAUGUCUGCCUGCUUUAAGAUCAACAAGGCAAGAUAAUGCACAAAGACCACAACUACUGUUUCUCCUCAGUAAAUUAAAGGAACAUGAUCAAAUAUCUUACUGAGUAUUUUACAGAAGUAAAUAGUUCUAGAUUUUAAUGUCUACAAAAUGAUUUGAUCUAGUGUGAGGGUGGUUUGGCUGGACAGACAGACAGACAGACAGACAGACAGACAGACAUCUUCAGCCCUACAGUAGCUGUACGAGUAUUUAAUGUAGCGGUAGCUCACAGUGCACUGUGAUAUCUCUGUUAGCAGUGAUACAUGUGCCAAUUAUUGAAGCAUUUACUAAUUUAGUCACAACAAAUGCUUUAUGUAUAUUGUGCAUAGUAUUUUGUCAAAUAAUAAUAUCAACUGUUAUUAUAAUAAUGAUUAUUACAGAACAAAUGCAUCAAUUACAACUCCCAGUGUUAUACUGGCACAUAGGUGGCGUAGUUUCACUGUUCAGAAACCAAUCAAAGCUUUUAUAAGUAAGGCAGAUCAGUAAGCUGGGAUACCACUGUGUAUGGUUGCCUUCGAGUUAGAACUGUUCGGAUUGUUGAAGGCCGUGCAAACUUGCACACCGGCCUGCAUACAGUCUCAUCCACGGCACUCGUCUUUGGUUCGCAGUCGUCUCUCCAGCUCCAGAAAAAAGGCAGCCACAGCAAGCUGCUGAGCAAAAUUUCAUCUGAAUGUCCGCCAUCAUUUUAUUUUUUUAACUAUUUUUUUAGAGUCCAAUAAACAGUAUGAAAUGCUCUAUUUGUUGUACUGCAACCUGGUAGAUUCAAGUCCGCUCUGCAGGAGGAGGAGGUUUUUCGUGUUUUUAAUGGAAACUGAAAGUGGUCUCUGCAAACCGUGUAGCAGGGAAACAGCAACAUGACUGUUCUAAGUGUCUCCCCUGAUGUGGAAGCUCUCAGCUGGCUGAGUGUGCCCUGUCCCUGAUUUCAUUGUGCGUCUCUUUAGCAGCGAGCUAUCGUGCAGUGCUGUUUACUCCCUCGACCAGACUUUUCCUCGGAGCCACAGCACAGAAAUCAAUAAUUAUCAUUCUGUAAUAGUGAUAGCACUCUUAUGCUUCACUCGCCACAAAUGGCAGUUUCAUAUCAAUCAUCUUUAUGCCAUCCUGUGCACACUAUCUGUAGUGUGUGCAGAGCAGAGGCAGGGGGCUGUACUACUGGAGCUUAUUUUCUGUUGAAAGUGAUAGACACAGCACUUGUUCUACUUAGUUAAUAUCAAUGGCAGAGUUAGUCUGUAUCUGCUUAAAGAAUAUGAGAUGGAUUGUCUUUUGUAUGUGCAAUAUGUAUUUACUUUUUUUGUCUAAGAGCAAUUUAAUUCUGGUUGUUGUUCCAUUUUGUUUAGUUCUGUUAGUGUCGUCUUUAAUCCCCAACAUCCUUUGUCAUUUCUUCCUCAAUGUUUCAGUGAAGUGCAAGUAUCCACAUGGAUUUGGAGGGACAGGACCUUCCACACUGAUAAAGAAUGUCAAAGAAAAUAAUUGCAUGUAACAAUGUAUUUCAAGGCUAUUUUCUAACUAUUGUGUAAUCCCAAACUAUAUCAGUGUUACAGUUGACAGUUGUUAAAAAAAAUAAUGGUAGAAUAGUUUUGACUUCUUCAAUUACAGCUAACUGAAGUCAACUAUGUAUUUGUGUCACUCCAGAGGAUAACCAAAUCUGUAUCGUUUCCUGAUCCACAUACAGUAGUUUACUGGAUCUUUAGUGUACAACAGUAGUUAAAGCCGGGUGUUAUCACGGCUGUGAGAGGAAAGGUAGAGCAGGCGUGAACAAAGAUGUAGCCUACUUUGUCAUCUGGAAAUCACAGAGAUAAUGGACAGACAGCUAUGAGUAAAAUUAAUGGAACUCUUUUAUCUUCAUAUUUAUCAUCUGUCUCCGUCAAUGGCCCACUUUACUGUUGUCAAGUGACAUCCAGUAGAUCAGUAUUCUUACUUAUAGGCCUACUUCUUUCCUCAAGGUUCAAGUUAUCAAGGUACCACCCUUUAUAAAGGGUUUAGAAGUUGUAACUAAUUGGAUUCAUUAAUAAAGUUAACUGGAAUUGCGUUUGGAGAGCAGAGACCUCCGCCAAGUGCCGAUGGUGCAUUCACGUGCUCCUCGGGUGGUGGGAAGUUGUUUGUCCGACUUUGGUGGUUUUAUGAGCUUUAAGAUGUAAUGUGGAUGUUGUAUGUUAUUACUCAGGGCGUUUAAACAACACGUUGAUAUCUGUUUCAGAGUUGUUGUUGUUGUUGUUGUGAAAUGACGGGGCGUUCAUGUGAAUUAUCUUGGUCAGGAACAAAUGUUUUCAAUAAUUCCGACGCCACAUGGAUGCCGCAAAAAUUCUGGUAAAUAAUAAUUUGUGUAUUCGCCCCCUGAUUCGGAUUCGCUCCAAAAUGUAUCGAGUUCUGUCUUGGCCCAUACUACACCUCUUCACCAGGUUUCAUGAAAAUCGUACCAGCAGUUUUUCUGUAAUCCUGCUGACAGACAGAGAGGCAAACCGAAAACAUUACCUCCUUGCAUUAAUUGUUAUUAAGUCAUUGAUUAAUGCUUUAUACAUAAGUAAAAAAAACAGGUUUCCAUGUUCAGAAAAAUCCCCGAGGCUGGUGUUAAUCCUGCAGCAAAUGUUAGUGAGAGACGAUUGCUGGUCUCCAGGUGGACAGCAGGUGGCAGCAACGCCCAAAGCAGCACAGCAAUGUGCUGGCAAAGGCAGGUGAGGAGAAGAAACUAGCAAACAUCGAUGUAAACAUUUUACGAUGUAACAUAUACCUGGACAUUGGCUUUGUAAAUGUUUCAUGAGGAAGAAAAUUCAGGCAAUAUGCUUGUUUCCUUGGUGAGAAACACUGAUGUAUAAAGCAUUAGUGAAGGACUUAACAAGCAUUAAUGAAGCCAUUCGUUACCACCUAUCCCUCUAUAAAGGGUGCCUUAUGAGACAUUGGUACCACUAAAAUAUUGCCAUGAUCCAAAAUUUAUUUUUGCAGGCUUUAUGUACUGUAUGCUACUCAAGUCUAAUAUUUGACCGAUCUGUCAAAUAUACAGCAUUUAAUCCAUCAUAGUUUAGAUUCUAUGGAGUCAGAAAAGUGCCAAUAUUGCAUGGACAUUACAUUUCAAAUAAUGUUUAUACCAAAUUAGUUAGGGACCAAAUUUAUUUGCCCCAGCACAACCCCACAGUUGACCAAUUGGGUUAUUAAUUAGCUGUUAUGGAAUAAUGGUGCAGACACCAGCCAAGAAGAAACCUAGCUUUAAUAAAACAUUAGUGGUUCCCAGAAUAACGUUGAAUCAGAGUGUUUUCAGUCACAACCCAUCAGUCCCUUCAGACAACUGAUCAAUCAUAAAACCUGUCCAGAUUCCGUGUGAGGGGCUUUGUUGCAUGCCAUUGAUGCCUACCGUUUCUUUUCUUUUCUCUUUCUUGUUUUGUUUUUUAAGUGUUCUAUUGAGCAGUGGGCUUGUCUAGCCCCUAAACUUUCAAUGUAGCUUUGAGUUCUCUGACUGAUGCUUGUUUACAUGUAGAUGAUUUCUGGCCUACUAGUGUGUCUUUUCAUUUAAAGUUGUGUCAUUCUACUACUCCGGCAUGUAUUUCACCUCUAUUUUCACUGUACAGUAAGACAUGGCAGUAAACUGCUGAGUGUAAAUAGCAAAUACAUCUGAGGAUGUAACUUGAUGAAGAGGCUCUGAAAGGGAGGAAGCAUUUUAAGGGUGGCUGUGUAGUAAAGAAUGAGAAAACAUGUAAAUAGUCUGUAAAUAAUAAUAAUAAUAAUUAUUACUACUACUGCUCAUUGUCUGCAGUUACAUUGAAGGUGCAUACCUGCUCCCCUCUGAUAUUUACAUAAUCAUCAACUGCUUCUCUCUGCCUCUGACAGGACUGAAUUAUCAUAGGAUCUACAGAUAGACAGCCUACUGUUACACAGUUAACACGGCUUCGGACUUAUUUCCUGAUACGCUCCUGUUCUCUCACACCCACAGCCCACUUUUGAAGUUAAAUGAAAGGGAGGAGUGCUCUUAUUUUAUUAUGCAUUCUGUUUCUAAGUAGACAACCCCUUAUUGAUGUAAAACUUGUACUGUGACGAUGUUGAGAACGCAAAAUAAAACAAUAUAUUGUAAAACCCGA